CGUUGACUAGUUUGUAAAUCCAAAAGCUGCAAGUGAAUACAAUUGUGAUGUCUAAAGCAAUGUUCUAUUGUACACGGUUUAUUUGCAUUCUGUUGUUGGUCAAUUCGCUUCAGAUGAAUUGUUAUCCGAUCGAUCAGAAUGGAGAAAGUGAUUCAAGUGCAAGCAAAAUAAGUUUCUUGAAAGAAUCCGUUCAACUUCCGUCUGGAGUAAGCGACAAAGACCUGAUAAGUAUUCGAAGCACACUGAAAAAUUUCGAAAGCCAAAUGUAUCAACUGAAAGAAGAAGCUGUGGACUGUACCGUACUGUUUUGUUCAGGCAUUAAUAAUCAAUUGAAGCAAACGAAAGAUAAUUUUGAUAAGGAACUGAAUAAUCUCAAAUUACGGACAAAUUUUUCAGAGAGACUUCCUACUAAUAAAAAUCGCUUAUUUUUUAAUCGAGUAUUUCAAAUCUUUAAAGACUAUGCUCUGCAAAUCAGUUUCAAUUUCAAUGUGGGACCAGUGACAACACCAACACCACCACCAACAGAAACAACAAAAUCACCACCAACUGGAGCAACAAAACCACCAUCAACAACUGAAGAAACAAAACCACCAUCACCAACUGAAGAAACAAGACCACCAUCACCAACAGAAGCAACAACAACACCACCACCACCACCAGAAGCAACAACAACAGACAUGGGGUCGGGUAAAUAAAAACAGGACACAAAUCAACGAGUAAAUGGUUGAAUUUUAGUUGUAUGCUUUAUGCUGCUCCUUUCUAUCACAGGAAUGAAAAUAAAUUCCAUAUAAAAAAUAUCAUUGUGUAUCCAAAGAGAUAAAUUAAUUCAAAUUCUGCAUAGAGAAAACAGAGAUGGUUCUUACGUAACGAAAUGUAAAACUCCAACAUAUGAUGAGUUUUUCACAGCAAACGUUUAUUUCAUUUGAAAACUAGACAACGUAUUCAAAUUGGUGUACAAUUUGACAUAUAGUUAAAGUCAAUAUGAAAGAAAAAUGUUUGUUGCGAAAAACUCAUCACUAUUUGGAAUUUGACAUUUUGUUUCAUUAAAAC